AUGACUGGCACUAUCCGGGGCCUGAAUCCGUCCAAGAAGUUCCCAGAGUUCAACGGCUACGCGGUCUUCAUGAAUGAGCAGCUGGAGGGAAGCAUGGAUGAGGAUUGCCUGGCUUCGAGGUUGAGAGCCAAGUGGGAUGCUUUCACGGAGCGUCAGAAGCAAGCCUACCAGGAGAGGCUGAAACGAGGAGUUGCAGAGAUCUAUGACAUGUUAUACUAG